AUGGCAGAUGCGUCUAGCAGCCACAGCACAGCCCCCGCCCAGACGCAUCACGAUAACACGGGCUCUGCGAUUGAUGGUGCUGGUCCUUCACAUGCGCAAGAGUCUGCGCCUAUCAUUCCAGCAGCUACUUCCGCUAACUUACCUCUGAGACAAGCAAGACAUUCUGUCGUUGGGAUACAACCCAAGAUUCAUGAUGUGACGGAAAAGUUUACGAGGGCUUGUAGUGCUCUCCAAGUCGGCCAAUUAGUCAAAGAUGAAUACUUCACGCUCUUUGAAUCCAUCGGGGCCAUCGAAAUCAUGGACCCCAAAAUGGACAGUGGCUUCCUGCUCCCAGGCGAAACCCUGGAAGAUGACUACGACACCCUGGCUCCCCUUCUUCCUGAAGAACUAAUAGGCAUCAUGGACCAACUACUCUGCUACGAAAUGGCCUGGCAUACCGGCUACCCGUUAUCCCAAACCCUCUUCACAUCCGUGUAUAUCGACAAGCUGCUAUGGCCCGAGACUAAGGUUCUGGAACAGGCGCAGUUUUAUCGUGGAGAGAUUUCAGACGAGAGACGACCUGGGCCGUUGUUGGAAGUACUGAGGGCAUAUUGUUUAGCGGUGAUUAAAGGAUGUGACUUUGUGAUUGCGAAGAUCACGGGCAGGGAUUACUUUGAAGAGGAGGACUUUUGCACGCAUACGUAUAAUCGUGUCUUGUUUGUUGGUGUGCCGAUGGAUGUCUUUCUGAGAGAAUUGGACGCUGCCAUCGAAACAGUUGGAGAUGCCGACCUCGACAUCAACGACGCCCUUCGAAAAGCCAUCGUCUCUCGCCUAGAACUCCGGAAAGACUUCCUCCGUGCCCUCGACUUGGACAUUCCCCUCGACCAGAUAUCCUAUCCCUGGCCCCCGACCCUCCAAGGCAUCGACUCACUAAAAACUACGCACCAACUCGGACGUACAGUCCCGGGUGCUUUCAGUCCCAAAAUGCAACGACGUCUCGCCUCCACCGUCCCUCCACGGCCAAUCGUCGACCUCUCCUUCACAGAUGCACUAUCCAAACUCCACCAACUUGCCACAGACUGCAGUGAAGCGACACGCUUCCCCUUCCUCCCCGCCGACCCUCUCGAGUACCAAUCUUUUCUCUGGCACUACUCAUCCCGCUCACCACCACCUCUAACAUACUCCCGUUCCUACCUAGCAGCCCUACUUUUCCACUCCGACGUCCUCGAUACCUCCAUCUCCCUGCCUUUGGCCGACGUAACGGCCCUCGUCUUAACUUGUUCUCCGGUCAUCGAUCCGAUCAACUGGACGCUAUCACCUCCUCGCAACGCACUGCUCCCGAAACCCCCACGUCUUCAAUUCGCCAUGCUCAUUGACGAAUUUAUCGACCGCGCGGGCCAGGCGUAUCUCGAUCUGUGGGUCGCCAUGGGCCAGAACCGUUGUCGGGUGCGCCGUAUGUUGACGCAUGUCAUCACAGGUUGGGAUCUGCUACAAGCGGAUGCUGGUUCCAUUGACGUGGACAUUUCGUCGGCGGCUGCGUCCCUCGGUUUGGGUACCCAAGUCAUGGACUUUAGCCUAAGCACGUGGGUGUACCACAAGAAACUGUGGAUGAUGGAGAAGGUUGUGCUACUGGGGUUCGAACAAGAUAUUUAUUUGCCGGACGAGUAUGCGGGCAUGUAUCUUUUCCUUUCGCUCAUCGCUACGAGGAGGAAGGAGUUGUUGAGGAGGGUCGAGGCGCAUUACCUCGUUCAAUCACACGAGUUGCUCAAGAGCAGACGGCUUCGCGAGGUCCAGGAGGUGGAAGACAAUGCACAAACAUUCCUGGCGUCUCUCCUCGCUGAAGCAGAGGGAACGGCGGAACUAGCAUUGGCAAUGGCACGCUUCUACAUCAUCGCUUUGUACCUGGGCAAGUUGCCGCUGCCUCGCCGCGAUCCGUUUUCCACAGAAAAACUGCGGUACGAAGUUAGGAUGAAACAGUUUUUGGCGCUGCAACCACCCGAGGCACCGCCGUUUGAAGACUUCAACGCGCAUAGUCUGCCGUAUGGGGUGCCGUCGAGUCCGCCGCCCGACGCCUUUUUGAAAGAUGUGCGCAACAGGGAGUCGCAGCUUUGGCAGGAAAUAGACAUUCAUAUCAAGACGGCAAAGGCAGCAUUCGCAGAGUACAAAAGACUAGGGCCUGAGGCGGCCAAAGCGAAGGGUGUGGAGCAAAGUUGGAAUGAAGAGGUUAAGAGUCUGCUGGCGACUUGCGUCGCGCUUGGGCUGGCAGUCAAAGGGGUUAAGGAUGGGGUUGUGGCAGAGGUAGUGGAGGGGGGAGGAGAUGUGGGUAAGGGGAUUGCGCUUGAGAUUCCUGAAGCCGGGACGGGGAAGAGGUAUGCUGAGGGGUGGAUUGUUGGCAAGGUGGUUAAGGAGUGA